AUGUCGCGCCUCAACGAGGUUCCCCUUCUGCGCUACAUGACGAAGUUAUACGCCCCCUUCAGCGAGCAGCAGGCCUGGUCUUACAUCCGCCAGCACAUGAACGACCCCAUGAGCCGCGCCUGUCUGAUCUCCCGCGCCAUAAUCGACCUGUUGGUCAACCGCAUCUUCGCUCUCGAGGCCUGGGAGGGCUUCUCGGUUGAUGCUGAUCGCCAACUCCGCGAGAUUCGCCACGAGAUGAACAAUCUCCCCGCCGGCCAAGGUGGUGCGCUUCAAGUCUGCAUCGACCGCGUCGCCGCCAUUGUCAACUCGUGCAUCAACCACGAGCGCUACGACGCCUACCGCGACCACCGCAUUGAAUACUUCCAGGCCGAGCUCCGCGAGUUGCUCUCGCCUCUCCUCAUCCUCGAGUCCUCUGGCGGCCCCAACCUGGAAAAGGCCGACGAGGACCUCCGCCGGAUGUGCGAGAAGGCCUGGUCAAUCUCGGCCAAGAUGCUCACCUCGCGCUGGACCUUUGAAUUCCGUUUCCCGGACACCGGCGCACGCUUCAAUACCCAGACCAUGGUCGGCAUCGCGCCCAACAUUGGCCCUCACCUUCUGCAGGCCGAGCACUGGCGUGUGCAGCUAGUCGUCACCCCUGUCAUUACCGUCCGCAACGAUACCGGUUCUUCGAUCUCGGUGGCUUCCAUCACCAGCGCCCACGUCAUCUGCAUGAAGUAA